GGCUUUCCCAGUCUGGGCCACAUUAAGGGUGGCGUACGCGUCGAGAGAGUGCCCCAACUCUGCAUUAGCCGCGAGUCCAACGACUAUAGGCUUUUGGCCAAAGCCAUGGCCAAGCACUCGACGGAACCGUCACAAUCGGUGCCACCGUAUACUGUGCCCAACAAACCGGCGCUCGACGGCCUGCGGGUGACCACUGCCAGUGCGGACAACAUACUGUUGGAGUGGCCGAACGGGACGGCCGGCGCCAAUGGCACCUAUCGGGUGGACGUGCGCCAGAUUUUUGAUUACGGCCGCGAUAUGAACGAUGCGAUUGUCGACAAACGGAGCUGUCAUAUGAACGGCGCGCCCAAUGUGUUGAAUCUGGACGAGCAGCGCAAGUGUCGCCUACGGGCCGACAAAAGUGGCCAAUGGCUGGUGUUUUACUACAUGGGCCACGACCCACACCUCGACGGGUUCGGCACUCUUAUCACUAAAUAUAAUUUUGUUCAACAAUUGUCCCGCGAUAUCAAUAACGACACGACAGUCAUUCCGUACGACCCGCCCAUAUAUCACACGGUGGAGGACAAAGUGACCAUGGUGAUUCCCGGCGCCAGCACCUGGGCCAACAUCACCAAGCUCAGACAAUUCACUUCGUAUUAUAUCAUUCUUAAGGCGUGUAAUGGCACCGACUGUAAGGACAUCGCGCACGUCAAGACUAAGACACUGCCAUCC